AAACCCAGCAGCAGCAGCAGGAGGAGGGGGAGUGGGGACGGCCGAGGCGUCUGUGGUUGGAGGUGUGUUGCUGAACUACAGGACUUGCUCUUUGGUGCCAAGUUCGACGGCCUGCUGAGAGGAAGAUCUGCUGUAAUUGCUUCUCAAUGAAGGCUCACCAGCAGCAGCAGCAGCAGCAUUUCCCUGGAGACUUGGAGGACAGGCUCCAUGAGUUGGACGCGCUUCGGCUUUAAACGCCUGCUUUGCUAUUCUCUUCUGGUAUAAACCAGCUGCUGGUGGAGUGGGACUGUCGGAGCAUCAUAUCUUGGUGUUAGAGAUCAAAGAAAGAGAUUGGUGCGACUUGCUGGGAGUUUAAUCAUCUCGGAGAAGUUGAACGCGGAUUUCAACAUGAGCGAGCUGGAGGAUGACUUUGCCAAGAUCCUGCUGCUGAAGGAGGAAAGGAUACGAGACUUGGAGCGGCGGCUGGCGGACCGGGAGGACGAGAUCCAUGAGCUGAAAAGGAAACUGCACAAAUGUCAGUCUGUCCUGCCGAGCGCGCAACUUAUCGGACCCCGGACCCGCAGGGCUCAGGGCAUCUCCGCGGAGCCCCAGACGCACCAGGACCUGUCCAGGCAGGCGUUUCGAAAAUAUCCUAAGUCUGACUGGUCCAAGGAUUUGAUCAAAGAAGCAAUCUUGGACAACGACUUCAUGAAGAACUUGGAGCUGUCGCAGAUCCAGGAGAUUGUGGAUUGCAUGUACCCUGUGGAGUAUGGGAAGGAUAGCUGCAUCAUUAAGGAGGGCGACGUUGGGUCGCUGGUGUAUGUAAUGGAAGAUGGUAAGGUGGAGGUGACAAAAGAAAGCUUGAAGCUCUGCACCAUGGGGCCAGGAAAAGUGUUUGGAGAGCUGGCUAUUCUCUACAACUGCACCAGGACGGCCACUGUCAAAACUUUGACAAAUGUGAAGCUGUGGGCCAUCGACCGACAAUGCUUUCAGACGAUCAUGAUGAGGACGGGGCUCAUUAAACACACAGAGUAUAUGGAGUUUCUGAAAAGUGUCCCCACAUUCCAUGACCUACAGGAAGACAUUCUAAGCAAGCUUGCUGAUGUCCUUGAAGAGACACACUACGAGGAAGGAGAGUACAUCAUCAGACAGGGGGCCAGAGGAGACACCUUCUUUAUUAUCAGCAAAGGAAAGGUUAAUGUGACCAGGGAAGAGCUGCCCAAUGGGGAGCCUGUCUACCUCCGCAGCCUUGGAAAAGGCGACUGGUUUGGAGAGAAAGCACUGCAAGGGGAGGACAUCAGAACAGCCAGUGUCCUUGCAGCAGAAGCAGUCACCUGUUUGGUUAUCGAUCGAGAUUCAUUCAAGCACUUGAUUGGAGGUUUAGAGGAUGUUUCCAAUAAAGGCCAUGAGGAUGCUGACGCCAAAGCCAAGUAUGAGGCAGAGAAUGCAUUUUUCUUCAGUCUCAACUUAGCUGACUUCAACAUCAUAGACACUCUGGGAGUCGGUGGCUUUGGACGCGUUGAGCUGGUUCAGCUUAAGAGUGACGAGAACAAGACCUUUGCCAUGAAGAUCUUGAAGAAGCGACACAUUGUUGACACAAGACAGCAGGAGCACAUUCGAUCUGAGAAGCUCAUAAUGCAAGAGGCCCACUCUGACUUCAUUGUCAGACUGUAUAGGACAUUUAAAGACAGCAAAUACCUCUACAUGUUGAUGGAAGCAUGUUUAGGAGGCGAACUAUGGACCAUACUUCGAGACCGGGGAUCUUUUGAGGACUCGACCACCAGGUUUUACACAGCUUGUGUGGUGGAAGCCUUUGCUUAUCUGCAUUCCAAAGGUAUUAUCUACAGAGACCUGAAACCAGAGAAUCUUAUAUUGGACCACAGGGGUUAUGCCAAACUGGUGGACUUUGGCUUUGCCAAAAAGAUCGGAUUUGGAAAGAAGACCUGGACCUUCUGUGGGACACCGGAGUAUGUAGCACCAGAGAUCAUUCUAAAUAAAGGCCAUGACAUCUCAGCCGACUACUGGUCUCUUGGAAUCCUCAUGUUUGAGCUGUUGACCGGCAGCCCUCCUUUCUCUGGCCCCGAUCCAAUGAAAACCUACAACAUCAUCCUGAGAGGCAUUGAUAUGAUUGAAUUUCCAAAGAAAAUCACCAAAAAUGCUGCCAACCUUAUCAAAAAGCUAUGCAGGGAUAAUCCUUGUGAAAGACUUGGAAACUUAAAAAAUGGUGUCAAAGAUAUCCAAAAGCACAAAUGGUUUGAGGGCUUUAAUUGGGAGGGUUUAAAAAAGGGGACAUUAACACCUCCUAUAAUCCCUAAUGUCACAUCAGCAGUCGACACGAGUAACUUCGACAACUUCCCUGAGGACAAUGAGGACCCGCCUCCUGACGAUAACUCUGGCUGGGAUGUCGACUUUUGAAAUUUGCCUCUAGCCACUAAAAACCAAAAGCAACUUUUCUUUUGCUGGCUUUUAUUGGCUUGGAAGCCAUCUUUGAGGACCUCGGUGUUUGUUCAAAUAAUGCAUUAAAAAUGAAAGAGGAGAUAUGGAAAUAGUGAUGGAUGGCAAACCCUCUGGGUCACCGAUAUGCCUUUUUUUCACUGUGGCUCUGGAUAAAGCAUUUAUAAUGGGACUGCUGUAGCACUUCCUCAGUGUUGUCUUUUACUCAAUUAUAUAGGUAAAGAAAGCACAGGGAUUCUUUGACAUUAACAUACGUACAGCAUAAGCUGAUACUGGAGCCAGUUUUUUCCCCUGUAACAGGGGAAGGUGUUUAGUGGAUGUAUAAAUGUGUAAUAACUUAUGUAAGUUUGAAAUCUAGGGAUAAUAGGACAGUGGGAAACAUGGAGGGUCGCUCAGAAAUGGAGCAGUCUUCUAGUCGAUUUUCUUUACAAAGUCUGUAUCCCUGCAAAUCUAUUUGCAGGGCUUUGGGAUAGCUUACAAUGUUAGUGCAAUUGCUGCCUGUUUUUUUGACAUGCAGCUACUUGUUACAAUCUAUGAUACUUUCCACAGAUGUACACACUCUAGUUUCCAGUGAUCAAGUGCUCAAGACUAACUUGAAUGUCAAAGAUUCUCUUCUUAUUUAGCAUAGCUGCCUAGCACAAUGCUAUGUGUGGCACAUAGUGUUUAAACAUACAAGUUACAUUGUCAUACAUUAACACAACCCUUAGAAAUGAAAUACAUAGUGCACCUCCUAUGAGAUUUAUAUUCCUUGAAAAGCACAAAAAGUGUGCAUCAGUGAAGAGAUGUGACUCUAAGUGCCCCGCUUAAAGCUUGUUGAUCACACACCUGCACAUAUGACAGCUUGGCUAGUAUCUCCAUGGAACAGUGUGUCAUUAUGCACUUAAGACCAUUAACUGAAAAGUCUGUUUUACACUUUAUUUUGAGUCAAUCCUUUAUUUUAGUUUUUUUCAUACUAUCACAGCUACAUUCUGUUUUUUUUUUUUUUUUUUUUUUGUCUUUUUCGGCCCUGUGGCCUGCCACCAAACCCAGAUGUUUCCUGUAUGCUCUUGUACAGCUCUGAAAUAACUGUGAACCUGGUUUCAGUGUCUUUGGUGCUGUUGGUGAAUUAUGAACAGCGAUGUUGAGAUGAUAGUCCUGGUUAUUGUUUUGGUAUUGUAAUUUUCUAUUUUUUUUUUUUUUUUAGUGCCAGAUUAUGUUGUAAUGUAAUUGCUGUCAUUAUUUAGAGAAAUGGAGACUUGUAAGUUUUCAAAUUUAAGUGAAGGUCUUGAUGGUAUUUUAAACUUCCAAUUAUUGUAAUUUGACUAUCUCUCAUUGUUAGAGUCAGGUGUUACCAAACUCUCUCUGAGAACCAGCUUUAUAACUCUGUUUAGGUGGCUUCCACAAUAUAAAUGCAGAUACAUUUGCAGACACAAGGUAAAGAUAUUUAAAAAGCCUUAAAAAAAUUCACCAUAGUCUCAGAAUUACCAAUAAAAAAAAUCCAACCUUUAAUUUGAUUUAAUUUAUUUACUAGAAUAUAGACUUGUAAAGAGAUUCUCCUGUGACCAAUCCUCUUUGCACACUAUGUCCUGGUUGUCUACAGUCUUUAUGCCCUAUCUUAUGCUUUUAAUUCUUUAGCUAACUUCAUAGGUUUUCAUAGGAUUCAAGCCUGGACUUUGUGUUAGCCAUGGAUGAAACUUGAUUUUGCCUGGUGAAAAUUUUCCAAGUUCCCGUCUCAGUGCACCUCUGGAGUUCAUUUAAAUAUCCUGGCACGACAAAGAUGCAGGAAUUCAUAUAAAAUCGUUCUGUUCGCUCUAGAAAUGGAACAGUCCAACUACAUCACAGAUCCUCCACUAUAUUGACAGUGGGUAUAAUAAGCUUUCCAUGUAUCAGCUGUUGCAAAUCUAACCUACCAAUAAUCCUUGUUGAUGUAUUGCUGGAUCUUAAAGCCAAAGUAAAUAUUACCUAAAGUCCAUGAGGUGGCGAUCUCUCACUUCCCUGCCAACUUUUUACUGUGGCAGGUAAACAUGGAGUCCCCAUCUUUACUAGUGGGAAUUUAUGCCAUAUCUUUACACACACCAAAAACUUCUGGUUUAGUAUUUCCUGGAAACCAUAAUCAGCUUCAACAACAGAAGAGUUUUAAGAAAAUGCUUCCAUUAAUUUAGUUUUAAAAGGUUUAUAGAAAUACCAACGAUGGUGCAACCAGGAUUUUUUUAAACAACUACUUCUUUAUGUAGUUUUUACUGACCAAAUUAAAUGUUGGAUUUUCUUACAUUUUCAAUUAUAAGAUUAUUCUACUGCAAAAGAUGAAGAAUUUUUUUUUUAGUUUUUUUUUUUUUU